CCAAUGAACAUCGCCAUCGCCGACUGUACGGGUUGCUGCUUGCUCUUUGCGAGAGGUCAGCCGCGGUUGCUGCCGUGAGGAAGGAAGAGGCGAGCGGGAACUGGAGGCUGGGGAAACGGGUGGAGAGGAACUCCACCAAGGGACAAGAAAUUUCCAAAGCAUCAGCAGAGCAGCAAGGAGAAAUAUUUUGUCCAUUAACAGCCUGAACAAAGAGUUCCUCUCUGGUCGAUGGAAACCCUCAAGAAUUGUGCUUGUGCUGGAUCAGGUGGCAACUUGGGAGACUGUAACUCUAAGGAAAAACAUUUCCUCUAUUUUGCCUAUGGCAGUAACUUGUUGCGGGAGAGGAUAACAUUAAGAAACCCAUCUGCAGCUUUUCAUGGCAUAGGAAAGUUACAGGAUUACAAGCUUGCUUUUGGCUCUCCUCAAGGGAAACAGAGUUUGACCUGGCAUGGAAGUACGGCCACUAUUCUACACAGUCCUGGUGAUGAAGUCUGGGGAAUAGUGUGGCUAAUGAACAGUUGUGAUUUAAGUUCUCUGGACAAACAAGAGGGAGUUGAAAGUGGUCUUUAUGCCCCAAUGGAAAUCAGCGUCAACACACAAGAAGGGAAAACACUAAGAUGUCGAUGUUAUCAGAUGAAUGACUAUGUUCAUAAUCUUCCUUCUCCACACUACAAAAAAGUUAUCUGUAUGGGGGCAAAGCAGAAUGGCUUACCAAAUGACUAUCAGAAGAAACUAGAAACUAUAGAGACAAACAACUAUACAGGAAGUGUGCCAGUGUUUGAAGAAAUUGAAGCUGCUGUCAGUGCUUCUGAGAAGACAACAUAAUAAAAUAACUAUUUGGAACAAA